UGUGUCUGUUACAGCCAGAUACUAUGGCAUAGCAGGUAGUUUGGCCCUGUUAUGGUACCGUAGCACUUUCCCUGCUCAAGCAGAGGGAGAGAGAAGGAGGGAGAGGAAUAAAAGGAAAGGGUAAAAAAAAAGAGAAAGACGGAGAGAAAGAGUGUUGUGUGCUCUUGCAGAGGAGAGACGUCAUAGCGCUGGAAAAACAGGACCGUACCAAAACAAGACGGAGAGAGAGAGAAGUUGUUCCUGUGAAAGGCGCCACAGCAGCGCAUUACCUUCCUUCGCCACCUUACAGAGAUUUAAAGUUGGGCGAAGAGGGGGCUACUGUGGGAAUACUUAAAUCAGCUUAAAUGAUCAGUUCUGUACAAGACCAGCCAGUUUUUGUGAAAAAAGGAAGGGUUCGAGUUGGAAACGCGGUUUGACGUUUUCAACUCGGCUGGACGGAACGAACGAAAGUUUCUGUGAGGCGACGUGAACGUUUUCUUCAUUUUUGUUGCAUUUGUGGCCACAGCAGACUGAACCUCCAGACUUAAAUCGACUCCGGAGAGCCACAGGACAAUGUUGUGGCCGAAACCGUGUGUUUAGGUGUGUGUAUGUGUGUGUGUUUUGCGUGGGCAGCACAGACACGAAACGGUUAUGGCAGAGAGGUUCGGCUGAUGAUGCAGCGCCGUUUUGUUUAUUAGCUCGGUUCGUCAGCUUUGCUAACGCUAGCUUAGCCUGCGCGUCAACUUCGGCGCUCAGAAAAAUAGGACAUUACUGAGGAUUUUUUUGACAACGAGACGACUGCGGUGGCACAAACUGACAUUUUUUCUCGUCUGUCUUUUUUUCCGUGAAGUGCAGCAGCGCAGUGCUUGCCAAAAUGAGCGGUGAAGAGGAGCGCAGUAUAGGAGAAAUGAUCGGAUCUCCAGCAAGGAGUGACCGUUGGAGCUAAUGUAAUGUAAUGUAAUGCAAUGCAAUGUAAUGUAAUGUAGUGCAGUGCAGCCGGAGGAUUAACAACGUUGGCUAACAUUAGCUACUUAUCGCCUAACGCGCAGACCAGGAGCUGUCGGCCUUCAGACCUCGAAACAAAUCCCGAACUAACGUUAUUAACUGUUGUUCGACAUUAUAAACCUGUUCAAGUCGUUAGGCAGAAAUAUCUCGCCUCAUCUGUCUGAGCCCUGUUGUCAUUCAGUAACGUCAAGCUGCCGAGCCGAGCCAGAUGGGUCGUCUCAAGUUUUUCUGAGCGGUCUCCUGUUGUGUUUUUGUUUUCUGACGCUGAAUUAAAGGACGGAGAUCUGUUUGGGGGAAUAUACGUUGUGUUUUUUUCGCCACGGACUUCACAAACUUGGCUUGAACCAUGUCUGAAAACGCACCCACACGGAGUUUGGACGAAAUCGACCUGGCCGCGCUGAGGGACCCAGCGGGAAUCUUUGAGCUGGUGGAGGUUGUGGGCAACGGUACCUAUGGACAGGUGUACAAGGGGCGCCAUGUGAAGACAGGGCAGCUGGCUGCUAUAAAGGUGAUGGACGUCACAGAGGAAGAGGAGGAGGAGAUAAAGGCUGAGAUCAACAUGCUGAAGAAGUACAGCCACCACCGCAACAUCGCCACAUACUACGGAGCCUUUGUUAAGAAGAGCCCACCAGGCCAUGACGACCAGCUCUGGCUGGUGAUGGAGUUCUGCGGUGCCGGCUCAGUAACAGACCUGGUGAAAAACACCAAAGGAAACUCGCUGAAGGAAGACUGGAUCGCAUAUAUCUGCAGAGAGAUCCUGCGGGGCCUGUCCCAUCUCCACGCUCAUAAGGUCAUCCACAGAGACAUCAAAGGCCAGAAUGUUCUUCUGACUGAGAACGCUGAGGUCAAACUCGUUGAUUUUGGAGUGAGUGCUCAGUUGGACCGGACUGUGGGGAGGAGGAACACCUUCAUUGGAACUCCGUACUGGAUGGCUCCUGAGGUCAUCGCCUGUGAUGAAAACCCAGACUCCACCUAUGACUACAGGAGUGACAUCUGGUCUCUGGGAAUCACAGCUAUAGAGAUGGCAGAAGGAGCACCCCCACUGUGUGACAUGCACCCUAUGAGAGCUCUGUUUCUCAUACCUCGGAACCCUCCUCCCAAGCUCAAGUCCAAGAAAUGGUCUAAAAAGUUCAUAGACUUCAUUGAGGGCUGCCUGGUGAAGACCUACCCAAGUCGUCCGUCCACAGAGCAGCUGCUGAAGCACUCGUUCAUCCGGGACCAACCCACAGAGCGACAGGUCCGCAUCCAGCUCAAGGACCACAUCGACCGCACACGCAAGAAACGAGGAGAGAAGGAGGAAACAGAGUAUGAGUAUAGUGGCAGUGAUGAAGAAGAUGAGAACAGAGGGGACGAGAGAGAGUCCAGUUCUAUCUUGAACGUCCCAGGUGAGUCCACUCUGAGGCGGGACUUCCUGAGGCUGCAGCAGGAGAAUAAGGAGCGUUCGGAGGCUCUGAAGAGGCAGCAGGCACAGCUGGCCGCACAGCGACGGGACCCUGAGGAGCACAAACGUCAGUUACUGCAUGACAGACAGAAACGCAUCGAGGAGCAGAAGGAGCAGAGACGCAGACUAGAAGAGCAACAGAGGAAGGAGAGAGAGAUGGUGCGGCAGCAGCAGGAGAAGGCUCCUCACCGACGACUCGACGACAUGAGGCGAGAGGAGGACCGGAGGAUGGCAGAGAGAGAGCAGGAGUUUAUAAGGCAUAAGUUGGAGGAAGAGCAGAGGCAGUUAGAAAUCCUCCAGCAGCAACUUCUUCAGGAGCAGGCCUUGCUCAUGGAGUACAAGCGGAAGCAGCUGGAGGAGCAGAGACAGUCGGAGAGAUUGCAGAGGCAGCUUCAGCAGGAGCACGCUUAUCUUGUCUCUCUGCAGCAGCAGCAACAGCAGCAGCAACAGGACAAGAAGCCCCUCUAUCACUACAGCAAAAACCUGGACAACAACAAGCCUGCCUGGGCCAGAGAGGUGGAGGAGCGCAGUAAACUGAACAGGCAGGGUUCUCCUAAAAUCUGCACCACCGUCUCUGAUACCAACAUCCAGUCACGCUCUGAUUCUGUCAGCCAAUCAGGAGGAGUGCAGGCCGCACAGACUCCGCCCAUGCAGAGACCUGUCGAGCCCCAGGGCGGCCAGGGCAAGUUCCAGAUGGCCCACCUAGUGCCCUUGAAGCCAUAUGCUGCUCCAGUGCCGCGCUCUCAGUCCCUCUGUGAUCAGCCCACUAAGACCAUGUCCGCCUUCCCCACCCAGGACCCCUCCCCCACCCCCACACCCCGCCCACUACACUCCCGGGAGCUCGUCCGGCAGAACUCCGACCCCACCUCUGAGAGCCCUGCUCCCCAGCAGCGCCCACUCAGGGAUGAUCACGGCCCCUGGAUUCGCCUCCCUGAAAUCGAGCAGCCUCCAAAAAUUCCACAGCGAACAGCCUCUAUAGCUACUGCUCUUAACACUAACCUGUCCUCUGGCAUCAGACACCCAGUACGAGCCAGUAAUCCUGAUCUGAGCCGCAACGACCGCUGGGAAAGAGGAGACAGCAUGAGCCUGAUGUCCAACCUGCCUCAGACCGGUUCCUUGGAGAGACACCGCAUCCUCAGUUCAUCAAAAAUGGACUCCUCUCCAAUCCUCUCUCACGAUGGGCGCCACAAACCAGGAGAAUCCCGCACCUCCUCCAGACCAAGCAGACCAGCGAGCUAUAAGAGAGCAAUAGGAGAGGACCAUGGGCUGUACUCGAAGGAACGUGCGGAGGAGCAGCCUCGCCCUCCAGUGAAGGCCAAUGACUAUUCAUCAUCAUCAGAGAGCAGCGAGAGCAGUGAGGAGAGCGAGAGCGGAGAAGGGGCGGAGGAGGAGAGUCCUUCUGACCGCCCACGUGAUCCAGAUUCUGACUCAGUGAACACUAUGGUAGUCCAUGAGGAAGAGGAUGGUGAAGGAGGAGAUGAAGAGCGUGCUGGUGGUUAUGGUGACCAGACAAUGCUUGUACAGAGGACUCCAGAGAAGCGUAGUCAUAAUGGAUACACUAACCUGCCUGACGUAGUUCAGCCAUCACACUCCCCCACCGACUCUGCCUCUCACUCUUCUCCUGGGAAAGACUCCACCUUUGACUAUCAGUCCAGGGGAUUGGUUAAGGCCUCUGGGAAAUCCUCCUUCACCACUUUUGUGAAUCUUGGAAUGUACCAACCAUCAGGAGGGACAGGGGAGACCAUCUCAGUGGGAGGUCUGGGUUCUCGCUUUGAUCAGCUGAAGUUGGAGGUGAGAAAAGGCUCCAUGGUUAACGUGAAUCCCACAAACACCCGCCCCGUCAGCGACACCCCAGAGAUCCGCAAGUACAAGAAGAGGUUCAACUCAGAGAUCCUCUGUGCUGCCCUCUGGGGUGUAAACUUGCUGGUAGGAACAGAGAAUGGUCUGAAGCUGUUGGACCGCAGUGGGCAGGGCAAAGUCUAUCCGCUCAUCAACUCCCGCAGGUUUCAGCAGAUGGACGUGCUGGAGGGACUUAACCUGCUCAUCACCAUAUCAGGGAAGAAGAAUAAGGUGCGAGUGUAUUACCUGGCCUGGCUGAGGAAUAAAAUCCUCCAUAAUGACCCAGAAGUGGAGAAGAAGCAGGGCUGGACCACUGUAGGGGAGAUGGAGGGCUGUGUGCACUACAAAGUGGUGAAGUACGAGCGGAUUAAAUUCCUAGUGAUCGCUUUGAAGAAUGCGGUGGAGGUUUAUGCCUGGGCUCCUAAACCCUACCACAAAUUUAUGGCCUUCAAGUCGUUCAGUGACCUGCCUCACAGGCCUCAGCUGGUUGACCUGACGGUGGAGGAAGGUCAAAGGUUAAAGGUCAUCUAUGGGUCAAGUGCUGGGUUCCAUGCCAUCGAUGUUGAUUCUGGGAACAACUAUGACAUCUACAUUCCCGUCCAUAUCCAGUCUCAGGUGACCCCGCAUGCCAUCGUCUUCCUGCCCAGUUCUGAUGGGAUGGAGAUGCUGUUGUGUUAUGAGGACGAAGGAGUGUACGUCAACACCUACGGCCGCAUCAUCAAAGACGUGGUGCUGCAGUGGGGAGAGAUGCCUACCUCUGUCGCUCAUAUCUGCUCUAAUCAGAUCAUGGGCUGGGGUGAGAAGGCUAUAGAAAUCCGCUCAGUAGAGACGGGCCACCUGGACGGGGUCUUCAUGCACAAAAGAGCUCAGAGGCUCAAGUUCCUCUGCGAGAGAAAUGACAAGGUGUUCUUUGCUUCUGUGCGAUCUGGAGGGAGCAGCCAGGUUUACUUCAUGACUCUGAACAGAAACUGCAUCAUGAACUGGUGAUAGAGCAGCGUUGUCAUCACUGCUCUGCUCAGCUCUCUCUCUCACAUGCGCACACACACUCUCUCACACACACACACACACACACACACACACACACACACACACACAGACAAAGAGAUACAGUGUCCUCAUGCUUUUGCUCACACACAACACUUCCUCACAGACACACUCCUGAAAACAGAGAUAUGAACGCACGCACACACACCACACACAUGCACAGCGGAGCACCCGUGUGGCAGACUGUCACACUGAAUGAAGGUUCUUCUCUUAACUCGGAGCCUGUUGUACAGAGUUUGUGUGGGUGUGGGAGUGAGUAUGCGUGUACGCGCCUUUGCUUUACUGGCCAUAAUGGAGCUUACUUUUAGCUUCAAACCAAGUACUCGCUUCAACUAGAUCACCAGAUUUAAACUAGUCUGCUUUCUGCUCACUCAAGAGCCUUAUUUCAACAUUCCAACCUUAUAACGAGAGAAGAGAGCGAUUGUGGAGAAGCAGCCUCCCUGCAGCAGCAGUGAGUGUGCGUGUGAGAGGCUGCACAAAACAGCAGGAACAGCUUGGAACUCUUUGUGGUGAUGGAUGCACCUCUAGUGGUCGGGAGCAGUACUGCAGCAUCUGUAAUUUUCCAUUCUCCACCGUACUGUAUAGUGCAGUAGCCUAGUCGUUUGUUUAUCAGUUGCAUUUAAGGGUUCAAAAUAUCAGUGAUUUUACCGUUUUUCAUUUCAACAAGCAAAAGAGUAGAGAGCAGAUCUCACAAAUAGAUAUCAUGUUUUGAGCUGGUUUGCCACUUUUAUUCAUUUUGCUCUUAGCUGUACGGCCAAGAAUUGGACAGAAUUCGACAAGAAGUCAACUGACCGUUCAAGUGGUCAAAGCGCUCUUAGUAGUCACUGCUUUUACGAACUGAAUUUAGCGUUGCGCUUUUUUCGACUGUAGGGCACAGAAGUGUAACCACUACUACAUGGCAGUCUCUCUCUGACUUAGCUUUUGAGAAUGCCUUUUUUUUUUCUUCUCUCUCUUUGUCGGAACAGUAUAUCUUGGGCAGUUUGAUAUUCUCUGUAUGUAUAGGUAUUUGGUAUUAUUCUUACUUUAAUAAUCUACUGUAUCUCUUGCUGUUCUAUUGCAAUAUGUGCUGUAUUUGUGCUGUUCUCGUUUUGAAGUUUUCACAAAGGGGGAGCUCCUCUUUAACCCAGUCGGAUUACGAGGUCAAGGAGACGAGUUGAAGUUCAUUAAACUUAAUUUAAUUUUUUUUUUCUUUGAUAGUUUUUGGCAGCAUGAAUGUGUAGUCCAGUUGUGAAUGCGUGCCACUGUAUAUAGCAUCCAUGCCUUGUUAAAAAUGAAAUUUUUGAAGUAAGCUUCGACACACUACACUGAUUUUUCUUGAGCAGUUAGCAUAUAUCGUCACACAACUACGUUAUUCAAAAUCAACACUGAUCUUUCACUUACUUCUCAAAGGAUCUCACAACUGCGCCAUGCAUUUAUGCUGCCAAAAUGGCUCCCUGGUGUGAGAUGUGAGAUAUAGCCUUACGGGAAGUGUUGUUUUUAGAUUUGGAUUAGUCUUUCUAGAUUGCAUCAGGCGUGCAGUGCGAAAUUUAGUUUCCUUGGUAAAUAUUUGGACCCAUCCUUUUUUUUGGGAUAGAACUUUUCAUUAGUUGGUAACAGGUUUUCUUUUUUUUUCUUACAGUGAUUUUGGCUGGACUCGUGUAUGUGUGUGUGUAUGAGUGUGAGACUGUACUGUAAAGUACACAGUGUAGUCCAAAGCAAUAGCAGAAAGGUCGGCGAGCUUAAGUGGGCUCUACUCUUUGAGCCGCUGACUUCGGCCGUGCGUGCGUGAUGUUACCUGCAAUACUAGCAAAUCCAGAAAAGCAUCGGAACUUUCCCCUUCAUUUGCUCGCACAGUCUACUGUGGAUCCAAAAUCUGUGUUUACAAAACCGUACGAUAUUUACUGUUCAUAAUAAGAUCUGCUGCUUAGAAAGGCUGCUCAGUUAUUGAAUUAUUAUAUGUGGUUGGAUUUAGGGGUGGGCAAUAUGGCAGCAAUGUAAUAUCAAGAUAAUAGCACGAUAUAUGAUACAUAUCAUCAUAUUUUCACAAUAUACGAUUAGGCCUGUUACAGUCCUGAAAUCUUAGCUGACGAAUAAUUGCUAAAUGAAAAAUUGCAGUCAACAGAUUAAUUGUACUGUAUGCCAACUAUUAAAGUACAAGCCUACGCCUAAGGUGGCUAGAUUGAAUGAUACUUGAUGACAGACACAGCUGGAGCUUGAAUAAACAAACAUUACUCACUGCUGCCCUCUAAAGGUGUUAUAGCAGCAGUUAAAUGUUAGAAAUGUAGUUUUUCGUAAGAAACAAUGUGUCUCAGUAAAAUGUUUUCUGCUUUGAUGGAUAAAAAUGCAGCCAAUCCACAGAAGAGAUGUAAACAUUUGAUUGUGAAAGCUAACAAGCUGCAGUCAGCUUGAAUAAUUGGUCACUAUGGACUAUGUAUUAAUUGUAACAGGCCUAUAUACCACAUACCAGUAACGUUUCAAAUACUGUGCGGCACAACAUCCAAGCAGAUGAGCUAGAAAAGCCUGUUGUGAUUUCAUGUAUCGUGAUAGCAUCAUAUCGUCAUAUCGCCCAACCCUAGUUUUAUUUUUUUGAUAGAGUGUAACUGAAAGAGCAUAUUAGCUAUUACUACCAGAAAGAUGCCUAUAUUAAAAAAAGCUCUCAAUGCGAUAGUUGAAUGAAGAGGAUUUAUGCGAUUGUAACACACCGAAGCACUUUGACUUUUGUCAGAACCUGUUUCUGAUGGCUUUUGAGGCAGAGACCCCAUCAGCUAAACUACUUUUUUUCUAUAAGGUAUGCACAACGGCAGUAGCAUUAGGCAUUAUUAAAAUGAAUAUUAUAUAAGGAGAAAAUCACAUAUUAAAGAAAAUAGUUUAAAAAAGACCCUGAAGUGUGUUAAAGGUUCUUAAAGUUCUAUAUUGGAGCGAGGCUUUCUUUAAUAAAUCUUUUAAUUUAUACUUCCUUUGUACUUCUAAAUUCUAGUUAAACCAAGUCACGCAUGCACACACAAACCCCUGCAUAUUCGUUUUAUGCUUGUGUUUUGUUCUUGUCACAGUGUCACGUUAGCAAAAACCAAUCUGUUGAGAUAUUUAAAUGUAGUUACUUUUUAUCGUAGCCAGUGAUCCUUGUUCUCUCAUUCUUUCUCAUACGUAUCUAGUUGCUAGUUUUCACUUUCUUGUUUAUUCGUACACACUUGAGUUAUCAUACACUCAUGUACUCUACAGGAUUUAUAGCCAUUUUGUUGCUUAAUAAGCCAAACUACCAUGUUUACCAUUAUAGCAGUGCCUUGGAGUGGGGUUUUGUGUGUGUGCAUGUGUGUGUAUUUGAGCAAAGGAUGCUGUAACAUUUCCAUACAGGUUUCUAAUCCAUCCUCCCCAUUUGUAACGAUUCAGGGAAGAAGGAAAAUUGCUAGUUCCUGAUUUGACGAAGUAAACCCAGUGCAAUCAAGAAAGUCAAGAAAGUGCACUUAAACUGACGUUAGCCAGAACAGUUAGUUCAGGCCCAAAGCCAUGCGUUAGGCAAGGUCUUUCCCCCCUAGAUGGAAUUAGGGCCUCGUAUUCGAGCCUCAUUUGCCCCCAAACUCUAGGCUUCAAUGCUGAGCCCAUUGCUUGAAAGCUGCAGCGAGUUGCGCUGGUUUCUACAGACAGUGGUCGGGGUUGCCGUGGCAACGAGCCGGUUCCAUGCAUUGUGAUGUAACAAUGUCCCAGCGUUCCUUACAAAACUGGAUGGUGGAAUCCAAAUGGUUCUCCAGUGCACAGUACCAGUCAAAAGUUUGGACACCCACAAGAAGGGUUUCCUCACAUUUUCCACGUUUUUGAAUAACAGUAACAUCAAACUAUAGAAUUACCUACCAAAGACAUGUUAAACCAGUCCAAACUAUCUCUUACUUUACAUUCUUCAGAGUACGCCUUGAAGGUUUGCACACGCUUGGAGUUCUCUCAAGCAGCUUCAUGAAGAACAACCUGGGAUGGGCUUGACCUUGUUGGCAAAAUAGGCAUAAACAAAUGUCAAGCAUUUAAGCGCGAGCUUUUAGAUCAAAAUGUCUUUAUGAUUCUGAACAAGAUACAUCCAAUCAGGUGUGUUAACACUUUUGACUGGUACUGUAUAUCUUCAUAUAGUGCGUUAUAAUAAAGAGGUUCUUAUAUAUAGAGAGAUAAAUGGUUUAAAUUACAGAGACUGAAUUUAUAUAGCCGUUUUAGGGUGCCUAUUUGCGAUGGAAUCAAAAAGUAAUAUAUCAUUCGAUGAUUAUUUUAUUACAUAGGACUAUAUCCACAUGUAUAUUGUGAUAAUUUAAUGAAUGUAACCUUCCAUUGGAACAGAUUUAUAUGUGUAACACUUUUACCGGCCUAAUGAUAUUCUAAGCACAAUGUAUAUUUCCGCUUUAGCUUUGAGAGCUGUACAUUCGGCUAUAUGUGCUUUAUGACUUUAGUUAGGGAAUUGGACUGAUGUGCCUCUUUCUCUCUCUCUCUCUCUCUCUCUCUCCCUCUCUCUGUGUGUCGUUGUUCGCUGUGAGCUUUAGAAAAGAGGGAGCGUGGGUGUGUGUAUGUGUGAAUAGGAGAGUUAUUUUUGAUCUGAGUGUGUGCUGCUCAUGAUGCCCUGAGAGGGAGAGAUGGAGAGAGGAGGAGGAUCAGUCUAAGCAAAAAGAGGACCAGUAUGCGUCAAGUUAGUCACAGAGAGCAGCAGCAUGCUCAGAUAUCACAUCCACAUCAGCUUUUUAGGGUUCCAAGCACCAAAGAUUAUUAUGAGGGGUGCUAUAGUAUGAAAACGUCACUAAACCAGCUCUUGCACGUCCUCUUCAGACAUGACGGCGAUAUGUGGUAUAUUGCUCCAAGUUAACACUUUCAUCAGAAAGGGUAGAUGACUUUCCCAAACCAACCUUAUACACGUCUCACAGGCUGUUUUCAAUAUAUUUACCAGAAUUGUCUCAUAAACUAUUAAGCUCUGCUGUAAAGGUAUAUAAUGGUAUACAUUGACACAGGAACCAUUACUGUUUGUACUUCCAAAGCAGCGAAAGCUCAUAAACACCUAAUAUUAAUCAGUAGAGACAUUUUGUGGGUGUAUGUACCAAAAAGAGUCGUCUUUCAUUUUCACAUGACUAUUUGCCAACUUCUUUUUAGGCCUUAGAAUGAAACUGGUCAUUUUCAUUACUAUGUUGUUAAGACAGAUAUAUGUAAAUGACCUUUGUUCUGACUUUUGGCUGUCUCAUUUAAAAAGAAGUCCAGGCUAAACUCCUUAUAACUCCUUAUAGCUUCAACAUAAAUAGACGAGGCUAAACUGGCUGUAUAGGUGUAUAUUUGUAAAUAUGUUGAUUUUCAUGAUGUCACAGAAACAGUUAAAACAAGCUACAUAAUUUCCAUAUAUGGACUAGCUACUGAAUGUGAUGUUUAGAAACUUUAACAGUGUUUGCAUAAUACAUCAAACUCUUCUGUUAUGUGGACCAUUUUAUGUCCUGUAUGUGCCACAAAUGUGCUGGAACGCCCCCUUGUGACCUUUCGUGCUUGGAACCCUUCCAUUGCCGCUUGCGGCUAGGUUAAUUCUUAUUUUUAAUUUCGUCAUUCUCUCACAACUGACCACAUUCCUCCCAAUAUGAGAAUCCUCAUUACAGCUGUUAGCAAGCAGCAGCGGCCCAGUGUCUUCAGUAUGGCUGUCCUUUCUUUACCUGUACUUUUAUAGUGACAUCAUAUGGAGGGCUAGCUGUGGCCUUGACAGGCAUGCUGAAUGUAAGCCAGGCUUCCUGUUGCACUCUUAGCUAAGCUUGCUCAGGCUGCAUAUUCAAACAGGAGCUUGAUUAGUCAAGUAAAUCAUGCUAAAUUUGAGAUUCAAAAGUUUUGGACUAGUGUUUAUAACAACACCCUUAAAAAUUAAAAGUUCCUUAAAACGUUCUUCCAUGUAAACAUGAAAACCUUCAAUCGGUGUGGAGACUUUUACAGUGUGUGGAGGUUCUUUAAACUUCUCAUUUUCUUUAAAAAAGCAUCCCCUGAAAGGAUCUUUAGGAAAAGAAAAGUGAUUCUUUUAUGGAAUCACUCCAAAAAGUCUUUUUAGAGUAAACAAAUUUACUCUAGAAUUAGAAUUUGUCUGCUUCAUUUCCCAGAUUUCUUCGCAUUCUUACUGCUCCACCAUUUAAGGUGGAACAGAAACGUGUGAAUAAGAAGCUUCCAAAUGGGAAACCAACUUCAGCCUUGUAAAUUUAGGAAAUUCCAGAAUUCUUAGUCUUAUUUCAUGAUUUCUUUUUGGUUCUAGAACACAAGUCUAGUCCUAGGAUUAGGACUAGACUUUGCUCAGAAAAGCCCCGAUAGCUGUACUCCAUUCAGUUAAACACCUCCUACGCAGUUGGAAAUAAAACAAGGUUUUAAAACUUGUUCCACAAACAUAAACAAGAAAAUAAGUUCUGUUCAUCGGUUUCCCUGGAUGAUUUUCAUCAGGUAUAUUUAGCAGUGACUGUGGGUCAUGGAGUCAUACUAUCUUUGAUCUGAGAGUAAAAAUGUGAACCUAGGAUCAGUUUUUGCCUUCCUCAUCCAAAUGAAUAUAAUCAUAUAGGUUUGAUUAUAGAACUGAUCCUGGAUCAGCGUAAUUCACCCUUGAGAUCUCUGGUACAUAUGGUCUGUGUCCAGUUUCAGGUAGAGUGUGUUGUGAUUGUGUGUGUAAGGGGCAUGAUUCCCUCAUUUAUGGCCUUAAAUUGCUGAUUUGAGGCACAUUUAUCUACUCUACACACUAUUAGCAUUAAGCUAACCAGUGGCAUUUCUCUGCGAUUCUCUAGUGACAGCAAGUAAACCCCUGGCUGACUUGUAAAAUAUUUACUACAGCGAAUGGAAAACAAGAAGUUCAUGAUUUUUUGUUUGUUUAUUUGUAUUAUUGGUUUUUGGUUGAUUUUGAUUGCUGUAACCAGGAGAGGUCAAUGGUCAAUAGGAAAACUCAACAAAGUUGAUAUCCUCUGUGAUGGGUUGAUAAAUGUUUUUUGCUUUCUUUCAUUCUUACUUUUUCCUUUUUCCUCCCUCUCAAAGUUCUUGUUUAAAGGAGAAAAGUAGAUGUUUCAGAAAUGUAUUUUUUAGUGUUUACGUUCAUGAGAGGGUCGAGUUUGAGAUGAUUUUAACGAACUGAUGGUUUUCAGUCUUACAGAGUGUGCUGGAUGAACUCAUACGCCUGUAAUGUCUUAAAUACGGGAUUGUUUGAAAAUUAAAAAUAACUUGAUCUCA